AUGACGGAAACAGUGAAUGCGAGUGAUGCAGAGCUACGUAUUUGCCUGCUGCCGGAAGAGCUUGAGAUCCUGGAGGAUCCGAGAACAGCUUCCCUCAAGCGGGUCUGUUACGGUAUUGUGCUGCCGGCCAUCUGUUGCUUGGGUAUCAUCGGAAACAUACUGAAUCUCGUUGUUUUGACUCGUAGAAACAUGCGAGGAACUGCCUACAUUUACAUGAGGGGAUACUCAGCGGCAGCAUUGCUGGCGAUACUCUUCUGCAUACCGUUCGCCCUGAGGGUGCUCAUCCACAAGGAAACAGGGAGAUGGAACAACUGGUCGCAGGCAUUCUAUCACGCUCAUUUGGAGCUCUUCCUCGGGAAUGCUUGCCUGGGUGUCGGUGUUAUGAUGUUACUCGCACUGACAGUGGAACGCUACGUUAGCGUAUGUCAUCCAGGUCAACACACCCGUCCGUUAUGUGGACCACCCCAUCUCACAGUAUCGCUCAUACCGCUGGCAACUUUUCUGGUUUAUCUGCCGAGUGUAUUUCGGGGCGAAGUAACAACAUGUCUAGUGUCGUCUGGCGGACCUCUUAUCUAUCAGAAGCGAGACAAUUUGUCAUUUAUGCAUUCUGUAUUUUACCAGAUUUACAAAAUAGUUCUGGAGGUAGUAUUUAAGGUAGCCCCAACGAUAUUGCUAGCUGGCUUCAAUCUCCGCAUCAUGAUAGUGUACAGAAGAUCAUGUGAGAGAAGACGCAGAAUGACUCUGUCACGUACAGUGAGCAGUGGUGACGAGGAUCCACGUACAUUUGCUGAGGAGCGUCGUCUAGUUCUUCUGCUGAGUAGUACGAGUAUACUCUUUCUCGUUUGCGUCAGCCCAAUGGUCAUCCUGAACGUGACACUGAGCGAGAGCAAUUUGAGCCUGUAUCCUUACCAGGUGUUUCGCGCCCUAGCCAAUCUUCUGGAGAUCAUAAACUACUCGAUAACGUUCUACAUAUACUGCCUAUUUUCGGAGGACUUUCGUAACACCCUGAUACGUACGUUACAAUGGCCAUGGGGCAAAUCCGGUAGGAACAGUAGGCGGAUGCCAAUGAAGAGAUCACCCAUACCAAGGCCAACAACCACAACCACACCACCUACAACUGCUGCCGCAACACCUGGUCAUGUAGCACGUGCCAGUGUGUGAUUACAAAAUGUUCAACGAGUUUUAACGGAUCAAUGAACAUUAUUUACGCGGUUUUUAUUAAGCCUCAACGUGUAAUGUUAGACAUAA